AUCUAUGUGGUUUUGCUGGCAGAUCUGACGAGAAAAAUGGAAGCUAUCGUGCGAUUUGAGAAAACGAAUGCCCUCAGCCUUUCUUCCAAGACUAAUCAAGGACUGUUUGCACAGACUAAACGGUCAUUAAAAGUGCAUAAUGGAAAAAACCUCACUGUGUCCAAACCUCAAGCACUUAGGAAGGUUCUGGGGAACCUUAACAAACAAGUGGAACCCAAGAAAUCUGCAGCAGCAAAGGCCAAAAAGAUCAACUUGCCGAAGCAAAGAAGUGAGGAGUAUCCUGCCAUUGAAACCUUUAUCCCAUAUAACCCUUUAGAUUUUGAAAGCUUUGGGGUACCUGAAGAACACAACCUCAGUGAUAUCUGUCUUGCUGGUAUUUCACUUUUCAUUGCAAGGGAUGAUGCAAUUAGAUUUGAUGCACUUACCGGUUCUGGUCUUUACACGAUGGAAAAUCAAGAAAUAAAUUAUGAUUGCUUUGAGAUGUCCAUCCCUCUAUAUGAAGACAUCAAUGUUGGCUUUCCUCUUCUGUGUGACUUUUAAUUAUUAAUCUGUAUAUGUUUGUCCUAUUUAAAUAAAAUCUUAACCUACCUGGGCUUUUAAUCAGCAGUUGCUGUGGAUUUAUUAAACUUUACCUAUACUGUUUACUGUUGUGA